AUGGCACGAGAGUCGUUUAACCUCUCAGGCUUGCCCUUUGAGAUCCGCACUCUCAUUUGGGAGGCCACUCUUCCCCCUACGCGAAUAUUUCACGUCAAGGGUACAACAGAAUCUGGUAUUAACAGCAAAAUCCUCACUUUCCACCGCAAGCAUCCCCCGCCAAUUGCACUCCACAUAUGCACCGAGUCCCGGGCCGCCGCUCUCCGGAAUGGAGACUACUUUCUCGCUCCGGAACCCGGCACGGGACCUUGGUUCAAUCCAAAGCGGGAUAUUUUGUAUUUUGAUCGCAAUCAGCGGCACAUGCUACGCUCCCAAGGCGGCAAGACGAGGAUCAGCGGUUGGGAGAAGGUCUUACACGUAGGACUGGAAUGGCGAGCCUGGUUCCGAGACGUGCCUCGACAGACGGCGCCUGGUGAUGAAGACAUUCGCCGGCACUGGCGGAGCGUUGUCAGAGGCAUUUACUUUCAUAUGCCUGCGAUAGAGGGCAUUCACUACGUACUCCCACGCGUACGGCACAAGGGGGGUGUCACCUGGGGCCGCGAACCAUACAAAUCAGCACAGUAUGAAGCUCAACUCGUGCAUUUGCCUGAGGCAACGGAAAUUCCCUGGGCCGGUGCGGGCAUGGGAAUCCGGAAUGCGAUUCAUAACGGUGCGGCAGCGGGAAACGCGGCCCCAGGAGUCCUGGUCAUACCCGGAGCAACUGAAGGAAGCAGGACACUAUUGACCAUGACGACGUGGGGAGACAUCAAAGUUGAUAUGGAGAGGGCGCUGGAAGAAGAGCUAAAGGGAGAUGAAGAGGAUCAAGUGGCAGAGUUAGAUUGGACUUUGGCGAAUGAAGACGGGGAGGACGAGGACGAGGACAACAGCAAAUGUGUAUUUCCAGGUAAUCAGCCGCCAGAAGUCGUGGGAUGGUGGCUUUUGAGGCAGGAUGCACCACGAGAAGAUCAUCCAAGCAUUAGAGAGUUUUUUGUAUAA